AUGAAAUGGACGGAUGCAAUUAAUUUCUGUAGGUUCCAUAACCAAGUGAUUUCAUUCUCUGAUAAUAUUCUAGGUAGUUUUCUAUUAGAUGACACACUUGUUGAAAGGAUUAUAAAGCCUUAUACCACUGGAUUUUCGAUAUUAGAGCAUAAAGAAUUAGGUACCAUGAUGGAAUUUCAAAUUAGAGGUUCAACGUAUAUUCAAAUAGCGAAACAAUUAUAUUCCACAUAUUUUGAAAAAGAUCGAUUGAAAUGUAAAGAUUUUGCAGAUGAGUUAUUUUUUGACUUACCUAUAACAAGACGUAUAGCUGAACUUUUAUCUGGUAUCGGCAAUAUAAACACGAAAUUAGGCAUCAUUGGAGUAAGAUAUCCAUUUACAACUAUUAGAACUGCUCUUGCCAAUGCGACCUUUAUUUCAACAAGUAUUAAAAGAUUAAAUAAUGAAUAUUACAGUUUUAUCGAUUGUCCGAUGACUUUCCCCUAUCAAGAUCUAGUUUGGAAUGAUGAAGAAGGUUAUAUAAAGACGCAGGAUUUCUGUAAAGAUUAUCUAAAAGAAAAAUUUAAAACUUAUAGAACUGGGGAUGCAAUGUUUACUCCACCUGAUACAAAUAAAUUAGUUCCGUUCAAACUAAUUAACAAAGAACUUCCACAGUGGUUUCCUAAUAGAAAUGAAUAUUUAAAAGUUUAUAAACUUUUUAUGUUAAGUGAAGAUCAAUUUAAAACCGAAUUUGAAACGAAUUUUAAUGUUUUGAAGAACUCUUUAAAACUUGUUGGUUUACACCCAGCAGUGAUAACCACACUACAAAUGAAGCAAGUAAUAAGGCACCUGUAUUCCAAUUAUUUUAACCAUUUCAGUAGGUGGUUUACGAAUAAUUAUGAAAUGGUUUCUUCUCCAGGUACAGGUGUUGGAUGCAUUGGUCAAUUAUACACACUGAAAUACGAUAAUGGAUUUAAAGCUCAAACCCAGUUUAUUACAUCUGAUGCAGAUAGAAAAUACGGUUAUGCUCUUACUCCUGCUAAACAGGUAGAUAUUGACUUAUACUAUGAAAUAAGAAGUAAUGUUAAGCCAGAAAUGGUAGUCAGUAAUUAUAUAUUUGAUUAA